CUUAUCUGCUUGUAUUUCAGACUUUUAUGACCUGCCAUUGGUUUUGCGCGCUUUUGAUUUAUUUUAUUUUUUUAAAGCCUUAAAAUUGACAGGACAUUUGAAGGUAUUCUGUCAGUACAUUCAUUGGCUUUUCUCAAGCCUUUUAUUUUAUUUUAUUUUAUUAAGAAUCCGUUACUGUAGUUAAAGUAACUAAUGGUAUAUGUCUGUAAAUGUCUGGCCAAUCUAUUGAUGAGGAAGUAAACACAUUUGGACAAUGACACUAAAUUGUGUUUAGACUUCUCUUUUUAGUAUUAAAUAAGGCACCGUCAUUGUAGCAUGUAAAUACAGUACAAUACAACUAAACGGUGUAGUCCUGCUUGUGUCCGUCUCCUGUCCUGUCGCUCACUAUUCUGACCCCCAGAAAGAUAACCUUUUUCAGUCUGUGUCAUGACCAUCAGAGGCUGCAUCGGAUCAUGUUGACGGUUUCUCAAACAAACAGCCUUCUCUGUUUAACAUUUUUUUAAUUGAUAUGAUUAUUUGGUCAACCAUUCCCCUGCACCAUCAACAGCUGUUGGGAGUGAUGCACUGUCGUCGGGACCCUUUUUUUAUUCUGAAACCCUUCGACCGGAAGUACUAUUUCCCCUCUCCCCGGUGAAAACACAAACAGAUCGGUGACAAAGUAACGUUAGCAGUGGACAGGCUGCCAACGUUGCACACGGUUAGUUACCGUGGUGGAUGUUCACCUGCCCUGGAUCGCUUUGCCCCAGUGUCCAAAAUAAUGGAAGCACCAUAUGGCAGAGGACUUUGGAACACCUGAGUAGCAAUUACAGGGCCCGCCUGCCAGUUGGGAUCGUUUGUCGCCUCUGAGAAAUGGCUGCCAACGCCUAAAUAGUGGUGCUCGAAGCAAUAUGAGUGACUUAACGGAGUUUGAAAGAUGCCAAAUAGUUGCUGCAAGACUAUCAGGUGCAUCUGUCACAAAAACUGCACAGCUGUUCAAUGUGGCCAGAGGAACGGUCUCCAGAGUCAUGACUGUGUACAUCAAACAUGGACGAACGGCAUCAGCAAAGAAGAACAGCGGGCGCAAGUCAAAGCUCACUGAAAAGGACAGACAGACACUUCUCAGGAUAGUUGCUGAGCACCCCAAGUAUACAGCGUCAAAAAUAACCUCGGAGUUGAAUAGACACCUCUCUCACGCCGUCUCAGUCAAAACUAUACGGCGAGAGCUCCACAAAGCUGGUAUUUUUCGAGGAGCUGGCAGUCGGAAAACGGAGGCCGAGACCGACGCACAGAAGCCAGGAGGAGAGAACACUAAACCCCAACCUGAGAAAGCGAGCGGCACACACAAAACUGGUGAAGAGAGCACGAGGCCUGAAAGGCAAACAAAGGACAAGGAGUAUGGCACACGCCGGUCUGUGGAAGGCCGAACAAUAUCAGAGCCCCAGGCUUGUGUCGAAGAGUACGACGGAGAAGAGAGGAUACGACCUGAACCCAAAGUCCGUGAAGAAGAAGAAGACGACAGCACACAACAGCUUGGUGAAGAGAGCGCGGGACCUGAACCUCAGACCAGUGAAAAUGAAUAGCAUGUUGUAUUUCUGCCUUUUCUAAUACGUCCACAUUGGUCAUGUUAAUGGGAAAUCACAGAAUUCCUUCAUCUCUUGAUUCGACAACUGUUAAAUGUGACCAUGGAUCUGAAAUUAUAUUUCAGUUUCUAGAUUGUAUUGUUUAUUUUUGCAUGAAUGCAUAACGGUGCAAUAUUCUGUCUUUUCGCAAGCUUUGCUUUCAUAUUUUCUCAAUUACAAGAAAACAGUUGACUUAAAUGUAGACUGUUGAGAAUUACCUUUUUGUAACACUUAAAAUAUCCAUACGGUAGAUUUCUUAACAUUAUAUUAUAUUAUAUUGUUUUGAUGUCUGUUUGAAAAAUUCACAGUUCAAUGUGAUUGAAUCUGAGUCAUCACAUCCCUCCCUCUUUGCUUUUGUAUACAACAUGUCAUAUUUAUGGCACCUCCAUGUCCGUAGCUAUGGCAGGGGUGGGACACGAAGCAUCAGACAACAUAUGUAAUGUUGGUACUGCAUAUUAAAACAUUACACAGAAAAAACAAAAGUUGUCUGUAUGUUCUAUUGGUUAUAUUGAAAUACACUCUGCUCUGUUGUCUUAAUGUGUUAUCCUCGGACAAUAAAUUAUAAGCACCACUGUACAGCCUGACAUUAAAACAGUGGUGG